CUCGGAUCAUGAUCUUCUCAUCAUUCAGGGACAGUGUCCAAGAAAUUGCGGAAAUGCUUAACCACCAUCAACCCACUGUCAGAGUCAUGACAUUUGUGGGACAUUCCUCUACUGGAAAAGGAGUAAAAGGCUACACCCAGAAAGAGCAGCUUGAGGUGGUGAAGCGGUUCCGGGAAGGUGGAUAUAAUACUCUGGUAUCCACCUGCGUCGGAGAAGAAGGUCUGGACAUUGGAGAAGUAGAUCUCAUUAUUUGUUUUGAUGCUCAGAAGAGUCCAAUCCGCCUGGUGCAGAGAAUGGGAAGAACAGGAAGGAAACGUCAAGGCCGCAUAGUAGUCAUAUUGUGCAAAGGCCGUGAAGAGCGG